UGCCAUCCGCCCAAUCAAGACGGCCGGAUGAUGGCAGCCAGCGGUCGGAUUCGCAAGCGAAAGCAUAAAAGCCACCCAAGUGGCGACAUUCCCAGUACGACUAGUAUGCCAACAACAAUGGCGCCUGGCAAAAUCGAGGAGACAAUGGAGGAAGCCGCCCUCGCCGGGGAUUAUAAUAAUUUCACGCAUAAUUUCGUCGAUUUGCAGAACCUCUUGAGUUUCAACGAAUUGAAUGGCAGUAGCAAUAGCAUCAGCAGCAGCAGUAGCAUCUCAUCGAGCGGAUCGAGUGCCAUUAAACUGAGUAACGGCCCCAUUACGGACACUCUGUUGGGCACGGUUUUGACCACGGCUACGGCCACCGUUGCUCCGGCGGCCAGUUCGCUGAUAGCCACCUUGGCGGCCACCACAACAGCCUCUGCGAGGGGAUCUGUGGCUAGCAAGUCGCUGGCCAUUGCCGAUGCCACCUCAUCCACCUACUAUGCCAACUUGCUGAAUCUGUCGCCGGCCACCACCAGCUUGAUCUCAGCGGCAGCGGCAACCAAGUCAUACAACGAUAGCGUCCUCCGGUGGGAGCAGUUGGAUGGGAGCGUGGAUUUCGGAUUCGAUCCACUGUAUCGCCACUCGCUAGCUAUGUCCAUGGUCUACUGUGUGGCCUACAUCAUGGUCUUCCUGGUGGGCCUCAUUGGGAACAGCUUCGUGAUUGCCGUCGUCCUGCGGGCGCCUCGAAUGCGUACGGUUACGAACUACUUCAUUGUGAAUCUGGCCAUUGCGGACAUCCUGGUCAUUGUCUUCUGCCUGCCAGCCACUCUGAUUGGCAACAUCUUUGUGCCCUGGAUGCUCGGAUGGCUGAUGUGCAAGUUUGUGCCCUACAUACAGGGUGUCUCCGUGGCAGCCUCGGUUUACAGUCUAAUUGCCGUUUCCCUGGACAGGUUCAUUGCCAUCUGGUGGCCCCUGAAGCAGAUGACAAAGCGACGUGCUCGCAUCAUGAUAAUCGGCAUAUGGGUAAUCGCUCUGGUGACCACCAUACCGUGGCUGCUCUUCUUCGACCUGGUGCCCGCUGAAGAGGUAUUCUCCGAUGCCCUGGUAUCAGCUUAUUCGCAGCCCCAGUUCCUCUGCCAGGAGGUCUGGCCCCCGGGCACAGAUGGAAACCUAUACUUCCUGCUGGCCAAUCUGGUAGCCUGCUACCUGCUGCCCAUGUCCUUGAUAACGCUCUGCUACGUGCUCAUCUGGAUCAAGGUCUCAACGAGGUCGAUUCCCGGCGAAUCGAAGGACGCCCAAAUGGACCGCAUGCAGCAGAAGAGCAAGGUGAAGGUCAUCAAGAUGCUGGUGGCCGUGGUUAUUCUGUUCGUAUUGUCCUGGCUGCCGCUCUACGUCAUCUUCGCGCGAAUCAAAUUUGGCUCGGACAUUUCGCAGGAGGAGUUCGAGAUCCUCAAGAAGGUGAUGCCUGUGGCCCAGUGGCUAGGCUCUUCGAACAGCUGCAUCAACCCCAUCCUUUACUCGGUGAACAAGAAGUAUCGGCGCGGAUUCGCUGCCAUCAUCAAGUCCCGCAGCUGCUGCGGUCGCCUCAGGUACUACGACAACGUGGCCAUUGCCUCUAGCACCACCAGCACCAGGAAGUCGUCGCAUUACCACCAGAACAGCUCGAGGAAGAGUCCGAGCAGCAAGGGCAAUGCGGUGUCCUACAUCUACGAGCAUAACUCUCUGCGGCGGCACAACAUGAUGCUCAAGCAAGACAGCAACCUGUCGCAGCAGAUGCUACUCAAGCAGGACUCGCACGGCUCGCGUCAGUUCCUCAUUAAGCAGGAGAGCUCCUGCAGCGACGCAUCCGGAAUCCGGAGACCUCUGUGCCAGCAAGACAGCAAUGGUUCCAAGGUGUCGCUUUCUAAGCAGGAUUCGAUUGUGUCCUAUAUGGAAGCACGUCGUGCGGCGGGACACGGCCUGAAUGACACAAUAGCGGACGGAGUUAGUGUCUCGAUGGACGUGCCCCGGCGUCCGGGUGCUACACCGAGCUCUUUACUUGACAAACGGCAGAAGUUCGUUAAACAGGACUCGGUGAUCUCGUUCGUAGACCAGCGACCAGAACAGCGACGCCAUCAGCUAGUCAAGCAGGACUCGGUGAUCUCUUUCGCUGACCAGCGUCGCGGACUGCUUCACAAGCAGGACUCACUGAUGGCCAACCGGACGGGUGAUGCACCCACCCACCACGUCUCCAUACUGAAGAAGACCGACUCGCAGCUCAGCUACGGCAGUUCAACGUCUCCGCGCCGGAAUGCGGAUCUAUACGAAUAGGCAACUUCAAGUUGAACAAACUCCUAAGUUUGGUGGGAAACACCUACCAUUUGUGUGGGUUGAUGCUGUUGAACAAAAAGUCUAUAGAGGUUCAAGUAAUCCAUGGACAAUAUGAUCCAACUUUCGGUUGAUUCAAGAAAUUUUAAGUUUUAAAGAUAAGAAGAGAUGCUUUGAAGAGCUAUGGAUCACAUAGACCUCAAUGGUUUUUUGAUCAGCAAUUCAAUCCAUUCUUACAAAAAAAACUAAAGCAACGAUACCAAAAACUUACCGAACCACAAAACGAAAUCCUUGUAUAUUUCUAUAGCAGCUAAUCGGAAAAGGAUCGAAUGAAUGUAGAGUGAUAGGCCUACGACUGUGAUACAAGUCGGCAGUGCUGGGCUAGUCAGUGCCGCACAUAUCCGUCAUCGUCGUUGGGACAGGAUAGUGGAUAGAAGAUAGGAUAGUGUGCCAGUAGGGACGAACAUCGGGAUGGACCAAUGGGGAAUGGGGAUGGGAAUGGGAAUGGGGGUGGGGUAUAUCUAAUCAGAGGUCGCUUAGCUAGAAACAGACACGGACACGGAAACUAGAACAACACCACAAACAGACACACGCACACCACAGAGAAAACAAACACUCCCACAGACCUAAUAGUUAAUAGAUGUUUUAUACGUGUUUCAAAAAGGUACUACACAAGAUAUGAACUACUCCUUGGCUAUGGCUAUAUAAUAUCUAACAUAUAUGUACCGUUACGCAGUUUUAAGAUUGUUUGUACUCGCAAUUUGCUAUAUCGAAAAGUUUGGUUAAGAGUGGGUGGAUUAACGUGGGAAACGAUGAAUGGGGUUAAAAAAAUAGCUUUGCUAAACUUUUUGUACGACGGCGAACGUGAGUGAAACGGGCAAGUCCAGUAUCAUAGUUGAGAAAAAAAAAAAAAAACAAAAUGAGAUAACACCGAGGUCUAAAGUAACGUACCUACUAAAUUUUUGUAUGGAAAUUCUUACAAUUUAUACAUAUAUAUUUAUAUUGAUUUUGGAAUAAGCAAUAUGCAAUACAAGCGCGUAUGUCUGCGCGUACGCCGUGUAUCUAUCAAACAACAAUAAUCAAUUUUAUUAGAAUUUUACACAACCGAGUCACGGCAGCGGAAAUGGCACAUCAGUGGAAAAUGGUUAGUAAACGCAAUACAACGGAAUGGUGGACGAAUGAUUGGCACAACAUCAUAGCUUAGUUAUCGGUUAAACGCCGAUUAUUUCGAUAGCGAAAUCAAGAACGAUAGGCAGAAAUAACGAGAUAGUGAGGGCAUCGAACGCGCACAAAGUAGCACUUGACCAUGCUGGGACAGAGUCGACGGGAUGGGGUAGAUUAGGGAAUAGGGCUAGAUUAGGAAUAGCAGGACGGAGGAGUUGGUUGUCCGCUAAGUGAGCACAAAGCAGUCAAAGAUUUCGCACUAAACGUAUCACUACAAACUAACAAAGAAGCAAACAAUAAUCGAACUCAAAUUCGUUAAACACUAAACACCAAUAAACUUUAAACUAUAUGAAAUAAAAUUUUAACGGAUAACGAAGGCAGACGGAAUCAAUGGUAAAACUAUGAAACUAAACGUAAAGAUUAACUAUGCAAUUUUAUUGUUAGCCAAAAUUUUAUAAAUGUCAAGUAACGAACAAGUAAAUAUUUAUAUGUAUACAGAAUAUAUCAAGUAUAAAGCAUACGUUAUAUAUCUUUAUAUACUUCGAUGGCAUUAGGCGCUGAUUUGUAGAGUUUUGGCCCGCUUCGAUGUCGCCGAUCCGAUCAGACAUAUAGUUUAGCCGUACCAUCCGAUCUCCAUUUAGACUUGGGGAGCUUAAAGCCCAGUCCAAGAAUCGAAUGACGCGCACGGCCUGUUCAAAACUCCAGCGCUUAAUGCAAGGCAAGAAUCUACAAUGAGGAAUAUCAAUAAUAUAUUUCAAAUAUACAUACAUAUAUUUAUAUAUAGGCCUAGCGACUCGUAUGCCAGCAGUAUUGGCAAACAAACAACAGAACCGAACAACAACGUCUAGUAAACAAGAGAUUACAUUUAUACGAAUACAUAUUAUAUGCUGCUAGUAUGUAAAAGCGCGCAAUAUUAAGGUCCUUUCCCGCUUUCGAUUCCACUUAAAGAAGAACUUGAAAGUAGCGAGCAGAGGGAUUUAACCAAAAAUAAUAUUUAUCGAAUAAACCAAAUUGAACUUUAGGUUUUAAAGUUUUAAAACGUAGAGCAUACCCAUAUUCACAUGCAUGUGCAUUAUGUUCGUUAUUUACCAAUGCGGAAAAUGAAAUAUAUUAAAAAGAGAUCGCGCGUUAACCAGUUAAACAGAAAGCAUGACA